AUGGAACAUAUCAAUGAUGAGAUCCUAUAUAAUCAACCGAUUGUACUGGAUAAUGGAUCUGCACUACUAAAAGCAGGUUUUGGUGGUGAUGAUAAACCCAAAUGUUUUGAAUAUUCAUUAAUUGGUACUCCAAAAUAUGAUAAAGUUAUGGUAGGUGGUGUAGAAAAGGGAAAAUUUGUGGGGAACUUAGCGCAAGAAUACAGAGGCUUGUUAAAGUUGAGAUAUCCAAUGGACCAUGGGAUUAUAGAAAAUUGGGAACAUAUGGAAACCGUAUGGGAUCAUAUAUUUAAAGAUUGUCUAAAAGUUUCAAAUUUGGGAGAGCACCCUCUAGUAGUAACUGAAGCCCCUUUAAAUCCAAAGCCAAAUAGAGAAAAGAUGUGUGAAACUCUAUUUGAAUCUUUUAAUAUUCCUGCCCUAUAUAUUGCAAACCCUGCUGUAUUAUCCUUAUAUGCUAGCGGAAGAACUACCGGAUGUGUAGUGGAAGCAGGUGAUGGCUAUUGUUCUUCAGUUCCUAUAUAUGAAGGAUUUGCAUUGACUCCGAGUAUUAGAAGAAUAGAUAUUGGAGGAAGAGAUAUUACUAAACACUUACAAUUACAACUAAGAAAGUCUACUGGGAUGUGGUUAUAUUCAAGCAGUGAGCAAGAAAUCGUUAGAUUAAUUAAAGAAAAUGGAUGUUAUAUAUGUUCAAACCACAAAAAAGAGGAAGAAAAAUUCUUAUUAGAUCAAGAAAAGAAAAGUAUUAGUUUCAAGUUACCAGAUGGAAAGAACCUCGUCAUAGGACCUGGGAGAUUCAGGGCUCCAGAAAUUUUAUUUAACCCUUUGUUAAUCGGAUCAGAGGAUAGUAGCUUGCCAGACAUGAUAAUGCAAAGUAUCUCUAAGGUAGAUAUUGAUUUACGAAGCAAGCUUUUGAAUAAUAUCACUUUGAGUGGAGGCUCUACUAUGUUCCAAGGAUUUUGUGAUAGACUUAUAACAGAGUUAGAUUUCAGUGUGGACAAAACUACUAAAGUUCGAAUAUUAGCACCCCCUGAGAGAAAAUAUUCAGCUUUUAUUGGUGGAUCUAUUUUGGCCAAUUUAAGUACCUUUAGAAAUAUGUGGGUCACUAAAGAUCAAUGGGAGGGUGAUAAUAGGAUAAUUGAAAAUAAAUUUAUGUAA